AUGUCAAUCGCUCCGAGUCAGGCUCCUCGCGCUCAGCGCAUGCUCGACACCGUCCACAACAAUGAGGCGGGCAAAGAAAUCUCGACCGCCUCGACCGCCUCGACCGCCUCGACCGCCUCGACCGACCGGUCUCGUUCCUUCCCAUUCAUGGACCUCCCCACCGAGCUCCGCUUCAUUAUCUACCGCAUCUGUCUCGCGCGCCCAAAGCCGAUUUUGCUGUACACUCCAAGCGCGCAACCCGCACCCGAUGCUGGCCAAACCCGCACCAUCACGCAGCAAGCCCGCCAACGUGUUUUACAGCAGAGCCAGCAGCAGUCACAGCGAGCACAGCUCGCCCAGCAACAACAAAUACUACAACUGCAACCCGUCCUAGUCCUGGACGCACCCGAGCGUCCAACCGGACCGAUGCUGCCACCGCCAGAGUCCGUGAACGACGACCCCCUGGUCCCCGCGCUGCUCGGCGUGAGCCGCACCAUCUACGCAGAAGCAAAACCCAUCCUCUACAACGACAACAGCCUCCACAUCCCCCUCAGCGACGACACCCUACGCAAGCUCCCACAGCGCACCCGCUCCCAGCUGCGCCGUGCGCGCAUCUCAUACCACUCCGACCGCGCGACCGCGCGCGCAUUCGGCGACGCGGUCCGGCUGGGGCUGCGCUACUGCUGGGGCCUGCAGAGCGCGACGGUCGUGAUGCCGACGUCGUGGAUGGCCGACCCGAGCGGCAGGAUGUUCGCGGCCGACUUUCGCUGCCUGUGUUGGCUGCCGAGGGCGUGUCGGGUUGUGCUUGAGGGGGAGGCGAAUGCGCAGGUCAAGGCGGUCGUGGAGGCGCGGGCGAGGUUGGCGGAGACGGCGGAUGAGGAGACGUGGGCGCGGCUUCCGUUUGCGCGGUUCUGA